CGAUUGCAGUACUACGCAUGUGCAAUGUUGUCUGACCCCAACACACUUCCUGGUUCCACAGCGUGUGCACAUGUUGAAAUGUCAUCGUGAACACUAAACAAUCCGCAAAUUUAGCUACAUCUGUUAGGGGAUUCGGGUCGUUAUUUCAAGCAGUUCUUCUGACUUUUUCCGUCAAUCGGAGGACGCACACAGAUCAUGAAGGUUUUCAUAACAAGACGCAUCCCACAGGAGGGAAUGAAGAUUCUAUCACAGGCUGGAGUAUGUAAAGUGUCACUGUGGGACUCUGAUGAGCCUGUUCCGAGGGCGGAGCUUCUGAAGGGCGUGGCGGGGGCCCAUGGGCUGCUGUGCCUCCUGUCGGACAAGAUCGACACCGAGGUUCUGGACGCAGCAGGUCCAAACCUGAAGGUUAUAAGUACCUUGUCUGUUGGAUUUGACCACAUGGCCAUGGAUGAGAUCAAGAAACGAGGGGUGCGUGUGGGCUACACUCCAGACGUCCUGACUGAUGCCACAGCGGAGCUGACCGUCGCCCUGCUCCUGGCUACAGCUCGGCGGCUACCAGAGGGCGUGGUGGAGGUUAAGAAUGGAGGCUGGAGCACCUGGAAACCUCUGUGGUUGUGUGGUUAUGGUCUGUCAGGCAGCACUGUUGGUGUCAUCGGACUGGGACGCAUAGGUAUGGCCAUUGCCAGGAGGCUGAAACCGUUUGGAGUGAAGAGGCUCCUGUACUCUGGAAGAACUGCCAAAUCCUAUGCUGCUGAGGUGGAGGGAGAAUACGUGCCCUUGGACACGCUGGUGUCUGAGAGUGAUUUUGUCGUGGUGUCCUGCGCCCUCACACCAGAGACCCAGGGCCUGUGUAACAAGGACUUCUUCAGCAAGAUGAAGAACACUGCUGUCUUCAUCAACACCAGCAGGGGUGCAGUGGUGAAUCAGGAGGAUCUGUACCAGGCUCUGUCCAGUGGUCAGAUAGCUUGUGCUGGGCUGGACGUCACAACCCCAGAACCACUCCCCACUGACCACCCCCUCCUCACCCUCAACAACUGUGUGGUCUUGCCCCACAUUGGCAGUGCUACCUACUCCACACGUGGCAUCAUGGCAGAGCUGUCCGCAAACAACCUGCUGGCAGGCCUACAGGGCAUAGACAUGCCCAGCGAACUCAAAUUCUAGUGCUGCUCUACAACUUCUCAAUUCUGCCUCAGUCCUCCUGUUAGAAUGGUUAACAAAAAAAAUCAAUCAGUAGUCAUUACCAGGGGAGGUUAAAGCCGUAAGUGACCAGGAAGGAAUCUGUUGAGAUUAUUGCAGUUCUAUUAAAGGAAAGAUUCGCCCAUUUUGAAUGUUUUAUCAUUUUUGUGCAUCUCUGAGCGAUGUUCUAUCGAUUCCCGGGGAUUUUCAUGUGUUUUCAUGUGUAUCUGAGCUAUUCUCCAAUUCAAACAUGCAGAAAUACAGCCAGUAUGCCAUGUUUUGCAUCGCAGGAAAUACAGCCGGUAUGACGAGUUUAGCAUCAUAGAAAUACAGCCGGUAUGAUGAGUUUAGCAUCAUAGAAAUACAGCCGGUAUGACAUCUUUUGCGUCAUAGAAAUACAGCCGGUAUGAUGAGUUUUGUAUAUGAUGUAAAAUUCGUCCUUUCGGCUGUAUUUAUACCUGCUUGAAUGGCAAAUAGAUGGACAAAAACUGUAUAACAUUCAAAAUGGGUGAAUGUUUCCUUUAACAUGCUCUCCCAACAUGAAGGUAAACUUCUGCCUCUUGCUCUUACUGUUUUAUAAGAAAUGACUAACUUAUAAAAUGUUACUUGAAAGAGGAAGUGUACAGUAUUAGCGUUUUGAGAACAUGCCUUAGUAUACUAACAGUACUCCUAAGGGUCAGCCAUGGCUUCCUUUUAAAGAUGUAGAAAAGCACUACAAUGUCUCUGCACACACUUAAUUCAUUAGUGGCCUUGUUCUUAUGAAACACUUUGUUGAAUUGUACAAAAUACUUGAUUAAAAUAGUAGUUGUAAUGUUUUCUCUUGUUCUCAUUACAGUUUUGUGUUUGUUAACAUAUUGAGAUAUGGCUCUCCGUUGUCUAUUUGUGCAUAAUUCUAAGAAACACUAUCUCUAAUCUAUGGUAAAACGCCUCGUCUGUAAUCAUUGUUUCAAACCAGCUGAUCACUCCCUCUAACAUGGUCUGUCAUUCUGGCUUUGUUGAAUAAAGUAGAAAUGUUGUACAGUG